AGUCCCGCCCCGCAGGCGGCACCGGAAGUGGCAGGCCGGGAUCAGCCUUUAAGAUGGCGUCUCCUCAGGGGGGCCAGAUUGCGAUCGCGAUGAGGCUUCGGAACCAGCUCCAGUCAGUGUACAAGAUGGACCCACUACGGAACGAGGAGGAGGUCCGAGUAAAGAUCAAAGACCUGAAUGAGCACAUCGUCUGCUGCCUGUGCGCUGGCUACUUCGUGGAUGCUACCACCAUCACAGAGUGUCUUCAUACUUUCUGCAAGAGUUGUAUUGUGAAGUACCUCCAAACCAGUAAGUACUGCCCCAUGUGCAACAUCAAGAUCCACGAGACACAGCCACUGCUCAACCUCAAACUAGACCGGGUCAUGCAGGAUAUCGUGUACAAGCUAGUGCCUGGCUUACAAGACAGUGAAGAGAAACGGAUUCGAGAAUUCUACCAGUCCCGAGGCUUGGACCGGGUCACCCAACCCAGUGGGGAAGAGCCAGCCCUGAGCAACCUCGGCCUCCCUUUCAGCAGCUUCGACCACUCUAAAGCCCACUACUACCGCUAUGAUGAGCAGCUGAGCCUUUGCCUGGAGCGGCUGAGUUCUGGCAAAGACAAGAAUAAAAGCAUCCUGCAGAACAAAUAUGUCCGAUGUUCUGUUAGAGCCGAAGUUCGUCAUCUCCGGAGGGUCCUAUGUCACCGCUUAAUGCUAAAUCCCCAGCAUGUACAGCUCCUUUUUGACAAUGAAGUUCUCCCAGAUCACAUGACCAUGAAGCAGAUAUGGCUCUCCCGCUGGUUCGGCAAGAAAUCCUCUGAGUUUCAUCAUGAAGGAGGGCCUCUCUAUGUCCGUGGUCCCUCAGUGAAUUGCCAAAGGAGAGGGGUAGAGGACCCUACACAUGUAAAACUCAGAAGGCUCCACUUGCCCCAGGGAACAGGCACAGAGGCUCACUGCACGAAUGGUGGGAGGUGCAGAGAUCUACCGAGGUGAGUGACAUGACACAGUCUAGGAGGGAUGGCUUCUUGGCACUAUUGGAAAAAAAAAAAAUAGAAGAAUCCUGUGGAGGUGAGUUCCUUAGGAAUGGUGAACUCAAGAGUGGUGGGACUUCACUGCCUCGGGGCUGUGAAUCCCCUAGCUGUUGGGGUGUUUGUGUGAACAGAACUCUUGCCUUGUUGGGCCUCCACUGAUGAAGCAGCACUCCCAGAGCUGCCUUCUUCCUACAAAGGAGUGUUGCAGGGUGCUCACCCAGGUGUGAGCACUCAGGACUAGAGUAGGUGUAGAAGAAAAGCAAAAGGACACAGAUAAAAUAGGAAUGAAUAUCCCAGACCUUACAGUUUGUCGCUGAGUUGGCAGGGGUUUCUGUCUCAUGAUCUGGCUGGGUCCAUGAAGUCUGCGCUUCAAGUCACUUUUCUCUGGGGAGGACCAGUGGCCCUUCCCCUUGCUGCUCCUACAUGGUGGUUUCUGGGCUUCUCAGGCUGGAGAACCCUUAUUUGAAGGACAGGAGCUUAACAAGGAGGCAAAGAUGGACUGUGACUGUGGAGGCCAGUCUUCCCUGGCAAAGACCCAGCCCAGGCAGGAGCGCUAAUUUGCUGUGUCCUCUCUCCUGAGGUCCAGGUGUCCUCCGUUUCUUCAUGUGUUUUGACUUUCUCAGGGCCUCUGAGCCUUGGUGGACCUGUCUGGGUCCAGAGAGCAGGAGGAGUCCACUCACCUGCCUUUGCUUCCACAUCGCAUCCUCAUUACCCCGGGGUUGCAGACGCUCUGCCAGGUCCUUCCAAGUCUCGAGUUCCCCCAGCCCCCUCGCGCCGCACUAAUAACUUCCAGCCGCCCGGACCUCUUUAAGAGCGUUCCGCAGGGGUGGGGCGGGGACGCGGGGGCUAGGUCGGGAGACUGAGGUCCUUCCUAGGAGGGAUCGGAGAUCCUAGAACAGUCAGCUCUGAUUCUCCCUCCUUGGGAUUUUGCAAAUCCCCAUCCGCUGGGGCCAGGGGAAGCAAUUUUAUUGCCGGCUAGUUUAUGAGCCAGAGCAGCGGCUUGACGGGGAGUCAGUGGCACGCAGAAUCUCGGGGGCCGUCCAGGGAGAGUCCAGCCAGGAUGUGCACCGGAGCAGGUCGGCAGCCCGCUACAGCAGGUUGUUUCGGGACUCUCCGAGCCUCCCCACCCUGUAGAAAUACUGCUGCUGUGACAUCUACCGGCUCCACCGGC